CUGCGGCGCCGGGCAUUUCUCCGCAGCUCGGCUCGCGGCCGCGCCCGCCGCGGCUCGGCCUCGCGCCCAUGCAGGCCAUCAAGUGCGUGGUGGUCGGCGAUGGUGCCGUGGGGAAGACGUGCCUGCUGAUCAGCUACACGACCAACGCCUUCCCAGGAGAGUACAUCCCCACCGUUUUUGAUAACUACUCAGCCAACGUGAUGGUGGACGGGAAGCCAGUCAACUUGGGGCUGUGGGACACUGCUGGCCAAGAAGACUAUGAUAGGCUGCGGCCGCUGUCCUAUCCUCAAACUGAUGUCUUUCUGAUAUGCUUCUCCCUGGUGAGCCCGGCCUCCUUUGAGAACGUCCGUGCCAAGUGGUACCCAGAGGUGCGACACCACUGCCCCCACACGCCCAUCCUUCUGGUGGGCACCAAGCUGGACCUCCGUGAUGAUAAAGACACCAUUGAGCGACUGCGGGACAAGAAACUGGCACCCAUCACCUACCCACAAGGCCUGGCCAUGGCUCGAGAGAUUGGUUCUGUUAAGUACCUGGAGUGCUCAGCCCUGACCCAGCGGGGCCUGAAGACGGUGUUUGACGAGGCCAUCCGGGCAGUGCUCUGCCCACCCCCAGUGAAAAAACCGGGCAAGAAGUGCACGGUCUUCUAGAGCCCUUGCUGGGCCAGCCAGUGUGCCCUCAUGUUGAACCGUCUGGUGUCUCUUCAGUCUGCUGUGGGUAGUGAUAUGGGUGGGGAGGGGAAGCAUGGGGGCAAGGCUGGGGUUUUGGGGUCUUAUCCCCUCUGCCACCUCUUUCUGGGGUGCAGCUCCAGCCUUCCCUGGCCCCCAUCAGAGGCCAGGAGGGAGCAGGGUCUCCCUCAGGGCUGCAUGGGUGGGUACAGGGCAGCCCCAGGAUGGGCUUCUCUGGUGGGGAGGGAGGGGUGGGUUCUGUCCAUCAUGUCUCAGGAGGGGAGUCAGCCCCUUCUUCUUUUAUACAAUAAACAUUCUCCACCACC